AUUGCGGUCAUGAAAAGCCUCUCCGUUUUCCUUUUCAUCGCCAUAAGCUGCAUCGCUGCAGCUCAGGCAGCCAAAUUCGACAUCACAAACAGAUGCAACCACACCGUGUGGGCAGCAGCCAUGCCUGGCGGCGGCAUGAGGCUUAACUCCGGCGAAACAUGGAGCUUCAACAUGACAAACGGCACCACGGGAGCACGCAUUUGGGGUCGAACCAAUUGCAGCUUCGACCGUGCAGGACGCGGGAAGUGCGAGACAGGUGACUGUGAGGGUGUUCUGGAGUGCAAAUCAUACGGCACAGCACCGAACACACUUGUCGAAUUUGCCUUAAACCAAUACAACAACCUGGACUUCUACGACAUCUCACUCGUCGAUGGGUUCAAUAUUCCGGUUAUAAUAAGCCCAAACUCUACCUUGUGCAAGGCCGUUAAUUGCACCGGUAACAUCAACGGAGAGUGUCCACGUCAGCUGAAGGCUACAGGUGGAUGCCACAAUCCAUGCACUGUGUACAAUACCACUCAGUAUUGUUGCUCCUCUGGUAGCUGCGGUCCUACUACUUACUCCAGAUACUUCAAGGACAGGUGCCCUGAAGCGUACAGUUACCCUAAGGAUGAUGCAACCAGCACCUUCUCAUGUCCUGGAGGAACCAACUAUGGGGUUGUAUUUUGCCCUUGAGCUUCUUUUUUCUUUCUUUUAUUUUUAUCUGUCGUUAUUCUAUUGUCCUUA